AUGAACAAAAUGAUGCUCUUUAAACCAACAGAGCAUGCAGCUGUUAUGGAUUAUAUGGCCUCCAGAACCCUGACCCUGCCUUCGCGGAGAUUCAACAGUGCUUGGACGGAACCCGCUCGUCCCCCACCUCUUUCCCCCACCUCUUUCCCCCACUACCCCUCCCCGCCCCCGCUGCUCCCACCGUGGGAUCAGUCCCCCUGGCAGGUGCUCCAGAACUACCACCAGGACUCGGAGGCCGCCAACAACCGCCAGAUCAACCUGGAACUCUACGCCUCCUACGUCUACCUGUUCAUGUCUUACUACUUUGACCGUGAUGAUGUGGCUUUGAAGAAUUUUGCCAAAUAUUUUCUUCACCAAUCUCAUGAGGAGAGGGAACAUGCUGAGAAACUGAUGAAGCUGCAGAACCAACGAGGUGGCCGCAUCUUCCUUCAGGACAUCAAGAAACCCAACGGCGAUGACUGGGAGGACGGGCUGAAUGCAAUGGAGUGCGCCUUACACUUGGAAAAGAGCGUGAAUCAGUCACUACUGGAGCUGCACAAACUGGCUACUGACAAAAACAACCCCCAUUUGUGUGACUUCCUGGAGACUCAUUACCUGGAUGAGCAGGUGAAAUCCAUCAAAGAACUGGGUGACCAUGGAACCAACUUGCGCAAGAUGGGGGCCCCCGAAUCUGGCAUGGCCGAGUAUCUCUUUGACAAGCACACCCUGGGAGACAGUGACAAGAGCGAAGCUAAGUCUUAG